GAGCCCGUGCUGGCCGGGCCCGAUCCCCUGCAUGUCAUGCACGUGCCGUGUGAUCUGUACGGAGAUGAUUUGCUCCGUAACUUUCCCCGGUACCGAGGUCAGGGAAGAGACAGGAGAGAGGAGAGUGGAGGAGUGCAGCGGUGCGGCUGUGCUUGUGACAGCAGCAGACGCGUCACAGCGGGGGGGCGGGGCGUUGUCAGGAGGCUGUCAGAGUAGAGGCAGCGCUGCGGCACUUUGGCCUAGGCCUUCGGUGAGUGCGGUACGCACCUGCUAGCGGCUAUGGCUCGGGUGGCUCGGGUGGUCUUCAUCACCCUGGCGUUGAUGGGAAUCGUCCCUUUGGCAACUCUGCUCGUAAACGGCGAUGUGCUUGAGCACAUUCAGCUGUAUACGGAGCAGCCGAGUCCGGACAUGGCUCAGCCACUGCACGGCACGGAGCAGGGGAGCCAGGGGCAGAGCUGGGAGGCCACGGGAGCCCUGCUCCUUGAUGCCCUGCUGCAGUGGCGGCUCUGGGUCUUGCCCGGAGUCCUUAUCCUGUUCUCUGGCUUCCUGUGCUGCGUCAGGAAAACCAACUAUUUGCCAGGGAGCAGAAGCAAGUUUGGGGUCUGUGCUGCGACCCUUGCCGUCUUCCUUACGCUCCUCUUCCUCAAGAUAGCGCAACGUACGCUGGCCGCUGGCGGCAGCGACCAGCAAAGUUCCAGCAGCGAGGAGGAGGACGAGGAGGAGGACGAGGAAGAGGAAGAGGAAGAGGACAGUGACUUGGACGAGACACGCGACGUAGACAGAGUUUGGGCCGACAGCACCCAGUGGCCAGCACCACACGCGGCCAGCAAGUGCCAGCUGGUGGAGGAGCUGGUGGACGACCUUCUUCGUGCCUGCCGAGGAAAAACGUGCCACAGCUUCGUGCCCCGGCUGCAGCCGGCCAUCGGGGUGGCCUGCGUCUGUGAAGGAUGGAGUGCCCAGGAAGACAACGUCAUCUACCGCCUGCUCGUGCCCAUGAGAGCUCCCCCCGGGCACGCCUUCCGUGUGGAGCUGGGCAACCCAAAGGAGACACCAAAAAGCAAGAAGUCCUGUCUGCGUGUGGAGCUGGAGUGCAUGUGUGCGAGGGAGCGGCUGCUGGGGGACAUGCUCUGCUUUCUCCACCACACUCGGAGGGAGCUGAGAGAAAACCAGGAAGCCAGCCUCCUCAACACCUUGUGCAGGGCCUCCUAUCUGGACGUGCGGAAAACCACGCGCUGGUUCCAGAACCGGGUGAAAGCAGCCUGGAAUUGUCUGCCUCAGUCGCGUGACUGGGGCCUGGAGCUGGUGCCCUCCGACCACUCCUGCAAGAUCAAGCUGACCCCCCCCUCCAAGAGCACCUUCACCAUCGAGAUGACUCUUGGGGUGCAGCUUGAUGAGUCGGGCACGUUCCUGAGCUUUGACUAGGCUCAGGCUAUGCUUCUGUCUUCUUCUCUGUCUCUGUCUUCCCAAGUAUGUCCUUCUCUCUCUUAAAUAAAAUUAACAGUAGUAUUAAUCA